AUGGGCGAAAGAGAAGGCGAUAAAUCAGAGUAUUUCGGUACCGCGUUGGCUGCUGCUGCUGCUGCUGCUGCUGCUGCUGCUGCUGCUGCUGCUGCUGCUGCUGCUGCUGCUGCUGCUGCUGCUGCUGCUGCUGCUGCUGCUGCUGCUGCUGCUGCUGCUGCUGCUGCUGCUGCUGCUGCUGCUGCUGCUGCUGCUGCUGCUGCUGCUGCUGCUGCUGCUGCUGCUGCUGCUGCUGCUGCUGCUGCUGCUGCUGCUGCUGCUGCUGCUGCUGCUGCUGCUGCUGCUGCUGCUGCUGCUGCUGCUGCUGCUGCUGCUGCUGCUGCUGCUGCUGCUGCUGCUGCUGCUGCUGCUGCUGCUGCUGCUGCUGCUGCUGCUGCUGCUGCUGCUGCUGCUGCUGCUGCUGCUGCUGCUGCUGCUGCUGCUGCUGCUGCUGCUGCUGCUGCUGCUGCUGCUGCUGCUGCUGCUGCUGCUGCUGCUGCUGCUGCUGCUGCUGCUGCUGCUGCUGCUGCUGCUGCUGCUGCUGCUGCUGCUGCUGCUGCUGCUGCUGCUGCUGCUGCUGCUGCUGCUGCUGCUGCUGCUGCUGCUGCUGCUGCUGCUGCUGCUGCUGCUGCUGCUGCUGCUGCUGCUGCUGCUGCUGCUGCUGCUGCUGCUGCUGCUGCUGCUGCUGCUGCUGCUGCUGCUGCUGCUGCUGCUGCUGCUGCUGCUGCUGCUGCUGCUGCUGCUGCUGCUGCUGCUGCUGCUGCUGCUGCUGCUGCUGCUGCUGCUGCUGCUGCUGCUGCUGCUGCUGCUGCUGCUGCUGCUGCUGCUGCUGCUGCUGCUGCUGCUGCUGCUGCUGCUGCUGCUGCUGCUGCUGCUGCUGCUGCUGCUGCUGCUGCUGCUGCUGCUGCUGCUGCUGCUGCUGCUGCUGCUGCUGCUGCUGCUGCUGCUGCUGCUGCUGCUGCUGCUGCUGCUGCUGCUGCUGCUGCUGCUGCUGCUGCUGCUGCUGCUGCUGCUGCUGCUGCUGCUGCUGCUGCUGCUGCUGCUGCUGCUGCUGCUGCUGCUGCUGCUGCUGCUGCUGCUGCUGCUGCUGCUGCUGCUGCUGCUGCUGCUGCUGCUGCUGCUGCUGCUGCUGCUGCUGCUGCUGCUGCUGCUGCUGCUGCUGCUGCUGCUGCUGCUGCUGCUGCUGCUGCUGCUGCUGCUGCUGCUGCUGCUGCUGCUGCUGCUGCUGCUGCUGCUGCUGCUGCUGCUGCUGCUGCUGCUGCUGCUGCUGCUGCUGCUGCUGCUGCUGCUGCUGCUGCUGCUGCUGCUGCUGCUGCUGCUGCUGCUGCUGCUGCUGCUGCUGCUGCUGCUGCUGCUGCUGCUGCUGCUGCUGCUGCUGCUGCUGCUGCUGCUGCUGCUGCUGCUGCUGCUGCUGCUGCUGCUGCUGCUGCUGCUGCUGCUGCUGCUAGGGAAGCACCUCUUCGUAGCUGA